GUUCAUCAGAAAGGAAAUCUCAAAACUCAUCUCUCGGGCGUUUUCAAGCAAUCGAGCGUUUUCCAAAAUGUCCAAUAUGCUGCAGUAUCGAAACGAACCGGGAGUGCAACAAGUCGGAUUCCGGUGCGAAAUUUGCAGUGGACUAUUCUCCAGGCCUUACUUGUUGAAAUCACACGAGCAAAAGAUUCACGGCUUGGUGCGUGAGGAGAGCCCGAAGCCGGCACCACCUCCGGCGACGCUUCCGGUGCCGUGCAUUACAACGGUGGUCAUUCCGGCGAUUCAAACAUCGGCCAUGAUCGUGGCUAAAGAACGGGGGGAGAUUCCGUUUGCGGUUCUGCACAUGAUGAACGAAAUACCAUUGAUCGUUCGGGUGGUGGAGCAGGGCAAAUACAGCGUUCUGAAAGCGGCGGAAAGUAACGAUUUUCGCGAGUCGCAGCGUGGUGGACCGGGGCUAGAAGAGGCCAAAUGUGUCUCGAUUGCGGUGGUGGCAACAGUUUACCAAAAGAUCAACGAAAAGGGCCAGCACUACUUCGAAAUUACCGGACCAGUUUCGUGCUAUCAGACGAACAAAAUUCCACAGGUAGAUCGAACGGCUGGGGCCCUUCAGGAUUCGAUUGCCAAUACGAACUUACACAAGACGCUGACACAGUUGAAUGCGACCGAAGUGAGCACGAACAUUAACAUGUUGCAGAAGGAUUUGCGGCUACCAGCUCUCCGGCCGUUUGAAGUAAAUGGCCCUGUAGCUUCCACUUCUGGAAUCAACAAACUGAAGCGAAAGCAAACUCCAAAGAAGCAAUCGAAUCCAGCCCCCGUUCCCAUCAAACGUGCCCCUCUGAAGCAACCGAAAGUCACAACGGUGAUGGACAACUCCGUAGAGUGGACACAUUCCACCCGGCCCGUUAUGGCGCAGAUUUGCGAACGGAACUUCCAGAGCAUCGCAACCGGAUCGCUACUAUCGCCAGAACGUGCAACUCUCAAGCUACAUAAGUCGGAUGAAGUCAUGGCCAUCGAGCAGGAGGAUCCGUUCAGUGACAUUAAUAUGUUCGAUUUGAUUCAGACCGGAAACGAACUGCUAUCGAAUGAUGGCCAUCUGCAGGAUAUUGACAUUGACGAUUCUAUGGAGGAAAUUUUUGUUCCAGUACUGUAAUUUUUACUUAG